AUGGACAGAAUCUGGGAGUACGAGAGGGAACGUGUCGACAGAUGGCGGAGCGAGAUCAAUGCCUUACUCACCUUUGCCGGGCUAUUCGCAGCUGUCAUUAGCCCCUUUGCUGUGCAGUACUACACCAUGCUGCAACCUCCUACGCCCGUUCCCGACUUUAACACCAAGAUCCUCGAGCACAUCUCCCAGCAAUUAGCGGAUAUCAUGAAUCAAACCGGUGCCUCAUCCUCGCGGUUGGCAUGCUCAGUGCUGGAGCAGUCAACCGCCCCCGAGCCGCCUGCUCCUCAGGCCUAUGUCGCUGUUCUAUGGUUCGCCGCGUUGGUAUGCGGACUCGGCGCAGCGGCAAUAGCCAUCUCUGUCAAUCAGUGGCUGAACGGUCUCCUAACUCGGACUGCUCUUGCCGGCAAAGAAUCACGCGAACAAAUGCGAGUAUGGAAUCUUCGUCAUGAAACCUUCCGCAGAUGGCGCCUGGCGGUCUUAAUCGACAUACCA